AUGAGACUUUUGAUUAGUCGAAUUGUCGGUGGACAGGCAAUUCAGCAAGGUGAAUGGCCAUUCCUUGUUGGAAUGGUUGGAGAUUUCAUGUGCGGAGGAACAAUCAUUACGAAAAAUGAUGUCGGGGACGACUUCAUUCUCACUGCUGCUCAUUGCGUCGAAGGCAUGUCAACUGUCAAGUAUGCAGUUGGAGACUGGAACCAGUUUGCAUCGGAGGCAAACGAAUUCACUGUCACCGGAGAUGUAACUAUGCAUCCAGGAAUGGAAUUCUUUUUUAUAUAUUGA